CUACCUUCCCCUCAACCACAUAUAAAACCCCUUCACCGCCCCUUCUUCGCCCCUCAUUGUGGCCUCUUGAGCCCCCUCAAGUCUCUGCACAUACAUUCUUGUAUAGAUCUCGUGUGUCAAUCUGUUCUUGUGCUGUUCAUUGCAAGAACUUGAUUGAUUGUUCAGUUGGUGUUCAUGAAGAAGUACAGCAAGAGCAGGAGGCGGCGGCGGCAGCAGCAGCUGCUGCGGCUUCGUACUCUCACUCUCAACAUGGUGGCCACCUUUGUUCUGUGCCUGCUGCUCACUAGCCCUGUCUGGUUCCCUAGGCUAUGCUCGCUCCUCGGUUUCUUCUUCCUCACAACCCUGCCUGACCUGGCCACUGCCUUCUUGCUCAGCCCCAAGUGUCUCUUCGUCGUCGGCAACCUCAUCGUCGCCUUCCUCGUCAGCGAGUCUAGGCUAAAGCCGAGGAGGGAUCAGCCUUCCCUGGUGAAUGAGAUACACGAGGAGCACGUGAAGCGGAACACGGCAACAAUCGCACAGGCGAUGACCGCAGCGGUGGCGGUUGAUCACAGUGCUUUUGUUGGAGCAGUAGAUGAGGAGGAGAAGGAAGAGGAAGGAGAAGAAGAAGAACUGCACAAGAGAGUGGAGGACUUCAUUGCAAGGGUCAAGAAGCAAAGGAAGUUGGAGGCCAAAAGCUUCUUUGAUGCCGAUCGAUAACUAUAUAUGAGCAAAGCAUAUUAUUAAUUAGUUGAUUUCCUUGGAAAUGGAAGAUGCAAAGCAAGAUUGCAUCCAAAGGAUUUGUAAUGCUUUGUGCUGCUAUCCUUGAUUCUGUCUUCUUAGGGUCAUGUCAGAGAAGAACACAUUCCACUUAGGAGGUUGGCAUGCAUCAUGCAUGCACUUACAGUGUAAUUGAGGUUUAACCAUGCCCAUGUAUUCGGAAGAGAAAGGAGAGACGAGAAAUGCGUGUGAUCUUUGAAAAAGGAAA